GCAUUGCGCAUGCGUAGACAAUAGCGCGGCUUCCACGAGGGUGUAGAGAUCCAUCCAUCCAUCCAUCCAUCCAUCCUGUCCUGUCAAUCUGCAGACCUCACCAACCACACCACCUUCAGUCCCUUCAAAAGGAGCACAAGUUUCCCCAGGACACCAGAGUCAUGGCUAUAGUGAGGUUCUACAGUAAUGAAGCUGUGAAUGGGCGAGCCUUACAGAGGGCAGCCAAGCUCUACCCCAAGCUGUCAAUCACCACUGAGCUGUGCUACAAUGUGGAGCUGACAGGCUGCCAGAGUCUCAGUGCCGAGCAGAAGGAGGUUCUCCUCUGGUUGUUUCGCCCUCCCCUGCAGGCAGAGCCGCUGUCUGAGAAACCAAACCUCACAGAGGACAGCGGAGAGAAACUGGUGGAGAUCGGACCCAGGUUGAACUUCUCCACCGCUUGGUCCACUAACGCCGUGUCCAUCUGCCAGAGUGCCGGCCUCGCUAACGUCACACGGGUCGAGCUGUCUCGCAGGUUUCUAAUCAAGCCAAAGAAUGGAGAGAGCGUGAACGAGCUUAAUGGAGACAUAAAGAAGCUGAUUGAGUGUCUGUAUGACAGUAUGACAGAAUGUAUCUAUCAACAACCCAUCACCUCCUUCACCGUGGAAAUCAAACCGCAGCCAGUGUUUGAGGUGGACAUCCUAGGAAAGGGUCGUGCAGCCUUGGAGACGGCAAACGAUGAUCUGGGUCUGGCCUUUGACUCCUGGGAUCUGGACUACUACACUUCGAUGUUCCAGAGGAUUAAAAGGAACCCCACCAGUGUGGAGUGUUUUGACCUGGCCCAGUCCAACAGCGAGCACAGUCGUCACUGGUUCUUCCGGGGGCGGAUGGAGAUCGACGGGCAGGAGCAGAAGGAGACUCUCUUCAGUCUUAUAAUGGACACCCAGCUGCACAGCAACCAGAACAAUGUAAUCAAGUUCUGCGACAACAGCAGUGGUAUCAAAGGGAUGAAGCUGGAGUGUGUUUACCCAAAAGAUCCAUCCCAAGCCAGCCCGUAUGAGACCCGGCACUCACUCAGACAUGUCAUCUUCACUGCAGAGACACACAACUUCCCGACAGGUGUAGCGCCAUUCAGCGGUGCCACCACAGGGACAGGAGGUCGUAUCAGAGAUGUCCAGAGUGCUGGACAGGGAGGACACGUUAUCGCCGGCACUGCAGGAUACUGCUUCGGCAACCUGCACAUACCAGGUUACAUUCUUCCCUGGGAGCCUGAAGGAGAGGGCUGGGAGUAUCCGUCCAGCUUUGCCCCUCCGCUUCAGGUGGCAAUUGAGGCCAGUAAUGGAGCCUCAGACUACGGCAACAAGUUUGGAGAACCUGUUCUGUCAGGUUUUGCUCGUUCUUUCGGCAUGCGGCUGGCUAAUGGAAAGCGGCGGGAGUGGAUUAAGCCAAUCAUGUUCAGUGGUGGUCUCGGAUCUAUUGAAGAUACACAUGUAAAGAAGGAAGAGGCAGAGACUGGAAUGGAAGUGGUGAAGAUCGGAGGGCCAGUGUACAGAAUCGGCGUGGGAGGAGGAGCGGCCUCCUCUGUGCAAGUCCAGGGCGACAACUCCAGUGACAGGGAUCUGGGUGCAGUGCAGAGGGGGGAUGCUGAGAUGGAGCAGAAGAUGAAUCGUGCUCUCAGGGCAUGUCUGGAAAGAAGCGGCGGGAACCCAAUCUGCAGUAUACAUGAUCAGGGGGCGGGGGGAAAUGGUAAUGUGCUUAAGGAGCUCAGUGAGCCAGCGGGAGCCAUAAUCUACUGCAGUAGAUUCAAGAAAGGUGACCCCACACUGAGUGUGCUGGAGCUGUGGGGGGCAGAGUAUCAAGAGAGCAACGCCCUGCUGCUCCGUCCAUCAGACAGGUGCUUCCUGGAGAGGGUGUGUCAGAGGGAGAAGUGUCCUGUUGACUUUGUGGGAAACAUCACUGGAGACGGCAAGAUUGUGCUGGUGGAUGAUGAGGGAGGCAGUGGAAAUCAAGCAGACAGGGAGCGCUGUCCCGUUGACCUGCAGCUGGAGUGGGUUCUGGGGAAGAUGCCGCAGAAGGAGUUUAAAAUGAAGCGUCUGGCCCCAACCCAUCAGCCACUGGCUCUUCCUGCUAGGCUGAAAGUCAAAGAUGCACUGGAAAGAGUUUUACGUUUGCCUGCUGUGGCGUCCAAACGCUACCUGACCAACAAGGUGGACCGAUCUGUGACUGGGUUGGUUGCCCAGCAACAAUGUGUCGGCCCUCUUCACACCCCAUUGGCCGACGUGGCUGUUGUCGCUCUGUCACCAUUCAGCAUAGAGGGAGCAGCUACUGCCAUCGGGGAGCAGCCAAUUAAAGGUCUGGUCUGUCCUGCAGCGGGGGCUCGCAUGGCUGUUGGAGAGGCUCUGACCAAUUUGGUGUUUGCCAGAGUCACAGCUCUGAAGGAUGUGAAGUGUAGUGGUAACUGGAUGUGGGCUGCCAAGCUGCCCGGUGAGGGAGCCUGUCUGUGGGAGGCCUGCAAAGCCAUGUGUGAGGUCAUGGGUCAGCUGGGAGUGGCCAUCGAUGGGGGCAAGGACUCUCUGAGUAUGGCUGCUAGAGUGGGGAAAGAGACGGUCAAAGCUCCAGGUGCCCUGGUUAUUUCGGCAUAUGCUGUUUGUCCUGACAUCACAGCCACCGUGACACCUGAUCUCGAGGAUCCAGAUGGCAAAGGCGUUUUGUUGUGGGUUCCUCUCAGUCCAGGCCAUCAUCGCCUGGGAGGGUCUGCCCUGGCUCAGUGCUACAGCCAGCUGGGAGACUGCUCUCCUGACCUGGACCAGCCAGAACUAUUGACUGCCUGCUUCAACACCACCCAGACACUCAUACACGAUCGUCUGCUGAGCGCAGGACAUGACAUCAGCGAUGGAGGCCUCAUUUCCUGCUUGCUGGAGAUGGCGUUUGCAGGAAACCGUGGGAUUGAUGUUGAGUUGUCAUCACAAGGAACUGGAGUCAUGGAGCUGCUGUUCAGCGAAGAGCUCGGUUUGGUUCUGGAGGUUUCACAGCUCGAUGUACACACAGUGUGUCAGAAAUACAGUGAUGCAGGUGUGCAGUGCCAUCGUGUCGGCAGAACCUGCGAUUUCGGACCAGAGGCCAUGGUCAGUGUUCAUGUGGAUGGACAGGAAGUACUGAGAGAGUCGCUGCCUAACCUCAGAACAUUAUGGGAGGACACCAGUUUCCAGCUGGAGCAACUCCAGGCCAAUGAGAUCUGUGUUAAACAGGAAGAGGAAGGGCUAGCCAAGAGGACACAGCCCUACUUCAAACUGACCUUUGACCCUUCUGAAUUUCCCACCAUCAGUCAGCUCACUGCAGGGCAGCCUCGUGUAGCUGUAGUCAGGGAAGAGGGCAGUAACGGAGACCGAGAGAUGUCUGUGUCUCUGUAUAUGGCCGGCUUUGAGGUGUGGGAUGUCACCAUGCAGGAUCUGUGCUCUGGCUCCCUAACUCUGGAGACUUUCAAAGCAGUCGUGUUUGUUGGUGGAUUCAGCUACGCAGAUGUCCUGGGAUCAGCUAAAGGUUGGGCUGCUACUGUUGCAUAUAACCCCAAGGCCAAGGCUGAGUUUGAUCGCUUCCGGCGGCGGGACGACACACUGAGUCUGGGUGUGUGUAAUGGCUGCCAGCUGCUCGCCCUGCUGGGCUGGGUGGGAGAGGUUGAGGAUGGAGCAGAGACUGAAGUGGUGCUGACCCAUAAUAAGUCCGGCAGGUUUGAGUCUCGGUUCGUCAGCGUUGGGAUCCAGGAGUCCCUGUCCGUCUGGCUCAGAGGCAUGGAGGGCUCAGCUCUGGGAGUCUGGGUUGCACAUGGAGAAGGUCUGAUGCAAUUCCGUAGCUCCCAGGCCCAGGACCAGAUAAUUUCUCAGGGGCUCGCCCCCCUCCGUUACCUUGACGACCAGGGUCAUCCUACUGAAGAGUACCCUCUGAACCCUAACGGCUCCCCGCAGGGCAUAGCAGGGCUCUGCUCCAGGGACGGGAGACACCUGGCCAUGAUGCCACACCCGGAGCGCUGCACCCUGGGCUGGCAGUGGCCCUGGGCCCCGAGGGACCUGAGACCUUCUCUCACACCUUCACCGUGGCUACGCAUGUUCAAGAAUGCAGCUGCCUGGUGCAGCAACACAGAGUGAGAAUACUCUGUUUACGUUUCUGGUGCAGUCAAAGUAGUAUUAUUGUCUUGGUCUGAUGGGUUAUGUGUUAACUGAAACUGUGAGGCCUGUUUACAUCAUUACUCAAUGCACCUUUUAACUUAGUAUGGUACCUGUACUUGGUCUUUUUGCAUUAUUACUGAUGCCGGCUGUAAUACUUUGAUUUUGAGACUACUGCAUUGUGGAUUCUUGUUGACUUUGUAAACAUUCUAUAUGUUUCAUUCUGGCAAUCACUGUAGAUUUUACAAAGCUGUUAUGAACCAAUCAGGCCUGCUGACAUUAUCAGUGUUGCUCUGCUGGAAUUUGCUAAUAAAUAAAUUAAUGAAACAGAA